GAGACGUGGCUCGAGGCCGCCAUCUUGGCAAGAGGCAAAGCGGUAGCCUCUCCUGACAGGGGGGCAGCAGGUCCAGAGCGGCCGGUGCUCCCCUUCCCCUGACCCCAGCCCCAGUGGAGCGGGAAGCGCGGGUGAACCCCCCCACCGUCCUCACCAUGGUGCUGUUGGCAGCAGCAGUCUGCACGAAAGCAGGAAAGGCUAUUGUUUCCCGACAAUUUGUGGAGAUGACCCGCACUCGAAUUGAGGGCUUGUUAGCAGCUUUUCCAAAGCUCAUGAACACUGGAAAACAACAUACAUUUGUUGAAACAGAGAGUGUAAGGUAUGUCUACCAGCCUAUGGAGAAGCUGUACAUGGUGCUGAUCACUACCAAAAAUAGUAACAUCUUAGAAGAUCUGGAGACCCUGAGGCUUUUCUCAAGAGUGAUCCCUGAGUAUUGCCGAGCCUUAGAGGAGAAUGAGAUAUCAGAGCACUGUUUUGAUUUAAUUUUUGCUUUUGAUGAAAUUGUUGCCCUGGGAUACCGGGAGAAUGUGAACCUGGCACAGAUCAGAACCUUCACGGAAAUGGAUUCUCAUGAGGAGAAGGUGUUCAGAGCAGUUAGAGAGACUCAAGAACGUGAAGCCAAGGCUGAGAUGCGACGUAAAGCGAAGGAAUUACAACAGGCCCGAAGAGAUGCAGAGAGACAGGGCAAAAAAGCCCCAGGAUUUGGAGGAUUUGGAAGCUCUGCAGUAUCUGGAGGCGGCACAGCUGCCAUGAUCACAGAGACCAUCAUCGAAACCGAUAAACCAAAAGUGGCACCUGCACCAGCCAGGCCUUCAGGCCCCAGCAAGGCUUUGAAACUUGGAGCCAAAGGGAAGGAAGUAGAUAAUUUUGUGGACAAAUUGAAAUCUGAAGGUGAAACUAUCAUGUCCUCAAAUAUGGGCAAGCGUACUUCCGAAGUAACCAAAGUGCAUGCUCCACCUAUUAAUAUGGAAAGUGUGCACAUGAAGAUUGAGGAAAAGAUCACACUGACUUGUGGACGGGAUGGAGGAUUGCAGAAUAUGGAAUUGCAUGGCAUGAUCAUGCUUAGGAUCUCAGAUGAUAAAUUUGGCCGAAUUCGUCUUCAUGUGGAAAAUGAAGAUAAGAAAGGGGUGCAGCUACAGACCCAUCCAAAUGUGGAUAAAAAACUUUUCACUGCAGAAUCUCUCAUUGGCCUGAAGAAUCCAGAGAAGUCAUUUCCAGUGAACAGUGACGUAGGGGUGCUAAAGUGGAGACUACAAACCACAGAAGAGUCUUUUAUUCCACUGACAAUUAAUUGCUGGCCCUCAGAGAGUGGAAAUGGCUGUGAUGUCAACAUAGAAUACGAGCUACAAGAGGAAAAUUUAGAACUGAAUGAUGUGAUUAUCACCAUCCCGCUCCCAUCUGGCGUGGGUGCACCGGUGAUUGGGGAGAUUGAUGGCGAGUAUCGACAUGACAGCCGACGAAAUACCUUGGAGUGGUGCCUGCCAGUGAUUGAUGCCAAAAAUAAGAGUGGCAGCCUCGAGUUCAGCAUUGCUGGGCAGCCCAACGACUUCUUCCCUGUUCAAGUCUCCUUCGUCUCCAAAAGAAACUACUGUAACAUACAGGUUACCAAAGUGACCCAGGUAGAUGGAAACAGUCCUGUACGGUUUUCCACAGAGACCACUUUCCUAGUGGAUAAGUAUGAAAUCCUGUAAUACCAAGAAGAGGGAACCAGAAAGGAAAUUUUUCAAAUUAAUAAAGAAGAAGCCAACAGUGGCUGAAGAGUUUUUUCCAAAUCUACAAGCCAUUGGAGACCGAUUUUUUCUGGUACAAUGCACGAUUCUCUGCGCGCAAGGACCCUCAACUCACCCUCAGUGUUCAAGUGUCACAGAGACAUCAUUUGGCAAAGAAAGACACAAACACAAAGGGAAAGGCUGCUGAUUUCUUUGGCAGAUUUUACUGGCCAGCGGGAAAGCACGCUCUCCAGAGAAUGCCCCCCAGUUAAACAGCUUCUCUGCCUUUGCCUCAUUGUUGCUCCUUUGUUUUAAUCCCUAAAUAUGGUUACAUUUCAUACUUCGUUUUUUAAAAGUUUUCUGUGGAAAUUUUCUUUUUUCUUUUCUCUUUUUCUCUGCAAAUUUCAGUCAUUUGUACUCCUUUCCUUUACCUUUAGUUUUUCUCUUUCUGUACCUUCAGUCAGGUGCCGGGAUCUUCAGUAUAUAGGCAUUGUAUCUGUUCGAACAGGCACUCCUGGGAACUGGUUGAUGUAAUCCAUCCUUGAUCUUUGGACUAUACAGAUGAACUGCUUAAGGGGUAUGAGGUCUAGAAGUUAACAGAUAAGGAUGUACUUUGUCCUUUUCCUGUGUCCCCUCAUCCCUCCAUUCCUUUGCAUGUUGUUUUCCUUCAGUUGUGCCCCUCCGGUUUCAAACAGUACUGUGAAUCCCACUUGUGCCAGUAGUAAAGACCACUGAGAAGCAGCUUUCAGACGGCACAGCCCCCACUUGCAAGAUGCCUGAGAGGCGAAUGGUUAUGUCCAGCGAGGGCUCUCACAUCCACAGGUAAUCCUGUCUGCUGCUGGUGCUACCCAGGCUUCUCGUUCCCUGCACUUCGGGUACUUCAGCCAAAGCAUGAGAGCUCAUGGUCGUUGUGGUCCAUUCACAUGUCCUUGAAUUCAGCACCUCCUUCUUCCUGGCUCUUCUCUGUGUUCUCAGUCCUUUCCUGUCUUUCCUGUCUCUGAAGUCCUUCCUUUUUGUCCCUUGAGCCCUUUUUGUCUAGUGUCCUCAUGCCCCCUCUCAUCCACUGCUUGUGCAAUGGAGGAGGCUACAUCAGCCAGCCCAGCGUUGGCCUUCUAACUCAGUGUUGCACUUGGUAGGGUUGUGGGGCUGCUGCUGCUAGGCCGCAGCCACGGGGAGGUGGGGGGGAGAGGCAGAUGUCGACGUGACCUGCUGCACUUCCAGCUGGCUCAAGAAGACCACUCCCCCUUGGGACAACAUCAGGCCUCCCCUGCAAAGAGUGUACUGUCCUCGAGGCAAAGCAGUCACACACAGAUGGCCAUGGAUGGAAUUGUUUGCCAAAGAAAUUUCUGGCCUUUCCCUUUCCCUUAACUGUGUCAGGGAAGAAUCCUUAUCUCUGGCUUGGGUUCCACAUGAGGUUUUUUUGAGGAAGGGGACUGGGACAAGAAAUCUGUCAUGUAGUUAAGUAGGCAAGAAAUCUUAUUAAUCCAGUUUUGUUUGAAAGUUGCUUGUCCAUAUGAUUUUUUUAAAGUUGUUUAGGUUCACAACUUUUUUUUUUCUGAAAUUACUUUUGGGGUAAUAUUUAAAAUGAGAGACGUUUUGUAACCCUGUAAAAUACAUAGGGAAUAUAACAUUCCAGUGUACACAAAGAAGGAAAAUUCUUUAAUCAAAUAAAGAGUAUUAUAAAAUGAA